AACGUCAGUAGUGAUAAGGAAAAUUCUACAAAAGUGUUUUCUCAUUGAAGAAAAUAAUUUUCAUUGCAUUUUCCGUGUCAUUUAAUUCAUUUUAGUGGCAAAAAAUUAGCAAAAUUUUAGCACAAGAGUAGUGAAACCCUCGUAGUUCAAAAUGCUGGAUGAAUAUCAAGAUGAUUACUUUUUAGAAGAGGAUAAGAUGUAAAGACACACUACAAAGUGCCCCUUUCCAACUGAAAGUCGCAUGGAGGCUUCCUCUGGCAGUUUAAUGUUCCUUGUUCUUUGAGUUUUUGGUGUUCUUGCGUUAUUUGAUUUAGAUAAUUCUUUUUUUUUUUUAAUUCAACUAUGUGGCACUACCAAAGACUACCCCUAUACUAUGAUUUUCUCUUUGAGGAGGACACCAAAUCUAAUACAACACCACAAGAUCCGUCUGUGGCACCACCCCCGGAAUCCGCGAAUGUGCUUCCUGAGUCGGUGAUUGUUGAUCUUGUUGGUUGCCCCAUGUUAAGUGCUGACCAAUCUAAUGCCAUCCUUCAAAAUAGAGAAAUUCAACGACUGGGGAUGACGGUGACUUCAGGAACAGUUGUAAUCAAGAAAGAUUCCUCAAAUCUCAUUGGGAUCUCCAUUGGUGGCGGAGGGCCUCUCUGUCCAUGCUUGUAUAUUGUUCAGGUCUUUGAUGGCACCCCUGCAUGCCGAGAAGGAACUCUCCAGAGCGGAGAUGAGCUUCUCGGUGUGAACGGGCAGUCGGUGAAAGGAAAAACCAAAGUGGAAGUUGCAAAGAUGAUUCAGGGGGCUGCCGAUGAGGUCACCAUUCACUACAACAAGCUGCACGCUGAUCCAGCCCAGGGGGAAUCUCUGGAUAUUAUUCUGAAGAAGGUGAAGCAUCGCCUUGUUGAGGGAAUGUCCAGCAGUACGGCUGACACGCUGGGACUCUCCCGGGCUAUCCUCUGCAAUGAUUCCCUCGUGAAGCGCCUGCAGGAGCUCCAAGGCACUGAAGCUAUGUACCGUGGACUUGUUGAGCACGCCAAGAGGAUGCUAAAGGCGCAUUUUGAUCUUCUGCAGACGUACCAACAGUUUGGUUGUGUCUUUGCUGCCAUCAGUGUCCGAGAACCUCAAGCGAGGGCUUCGGAGGCUUUCCGGCUAUUUGGUGAAAUGCACCGGAACAUGGAGAGAGAUGGCGUGAAGAUGCUUAAAACCCUGAAGCCUGUUCUAGCUGAUGUUGGGACGUACCUCCACAAGGCUAUUCCGGACACAAAGCUAACAAUCCGUCGGUAUGCCGAUGCCAAGUUCACCUAUCUCUCGUACUGUUUGAAGGUGAAGGAAAUGGAUGAUGAGGAACAUAGCUAUGCUGCCCUCCAGGAACCCCUGUAUCGCGUUGAAACAGGCAACUACGAGUAUCGCCUUAUCCUGCGUUGCCGGCAGGAAGCUCGAGCACGAUUCGCGCGUCUCCGGAGUGAUGUUCUCGAGAAAAUGGAACUUCUCGAGAGUAAGCAUGCACGUGAUCUCACGGGGCAGCUUAAGCGCUUCAUUGAGGGUCUGGCCAUCCUCGCUCAGGACACCACAGAACGCCUUCAGGCACAUGCUAAUCUCUUCCCUGUUGAAGUGGAUCUCAAACCGAGUGCAUUCCAGUACAAAUCCCCCACUAUUGAGUCCCCACCGGAAGAUGAUGACGUCACAGAAGCAGCUGAGAAUCCCAACUUGGAUUCGAUGAUUCUCAAUUUGGACACCUUGGAAUCUCCCACGGAGGAAAGUAGAGAUUUGCUAAUGGAAUUGGGGCUCAAUGAUAUUGAUUUGAGUCAAAAUAUGAGCGAUGGCACACAAUUGGCAUCCUUGCUGGAGAAAAACUCCGUUGAUGAUCUUCUUGCGCCGGAUUUAAUAAAUUAAAUUGAAUAUUCAUUUGAUUAAAACUUUUUUCUGCCUCUGA